CGUGCGGGCGCCGACGGGCCUCGAGCGCGCCCCGCAGACGCAGCGGGGCCAGGCCGCGGCGAGGCUCUCGGGCAGCGCCAAGGCCGCGGGCGCGACUGCCGCUGCCGCCGAGGACGCCAGCGAGAUCAGCUGCGAGGAGGAACUGCCCGGGCGGGCCUCGGCCCGCGCCGACGCCCGCCGGGCCGCGGCGCGGGCGCGGCGGAUGGCCAGAGAGGACCUGCCGCCAGGCCAGACGUUCCUGGAGGCGCACAGCGUGAAGGCGGCAACCCGUGCGCGGUACCAGAUGCACGUGGACGAGCUGAUGAUGUUCGCAGACCAGCACAAGGUGCCGCUCGCCGAGGAUGCCGAGGUAGACGACUGCAUCGCGAAGUGGACGAACGCGGAGUUCAGCGCGGGCCGCCGCGCGUGGCGCGGGGAGAGCAUGCUGGCCGCGGUGAUCUUCACCUUCCCUGACUUCAGCCGCAACGGCAGUCGGGAGCUCCCCAAAGCUUCCCGAUGCCUCCGCGGCUAGCGCCUACUGAGCCCGCCGAUGAGCCGCACGCCCUUGCCCUGGCCCAUGUGGGCAGCGCUGGCGCUGCAGCUGGUGCGACACGGCCAUAGGCUGGCGGCGAUCGCGGUGCUCGUGAUGGUGGAGACGUACCUUCGGCCCUCAGAGCUGCUGUCGCCGAGGCGCCGCUCGCUGCUGCCGCCCGCCCGCGGCGGCCUGAGCAAGCGGAGCCUGCUGCUGUUCCCAGGUGCCAAGGGGAUCGCGCGCAGCAAGACGGGCGAUGCGGACGACGCCGUGGUGAUGGACUCCGUGCGCACGCACUGGCUCAGCUACCUGCCCAGUCGUCUCAGUGUCGGGCCAGAGGGCGUGCGGAUCUUCCCCUGGGGGUGCAAUCAGUUUUAUCAUAUGUUCGUGCAUCCAGCAGGGGAAGGUUCGUCUCGGGAAUGCCUGUGUAGAUUUUUGUUUGCGGACGAUUCGAUUGCGUAACAAGUUCUGGAUUUUUCUGUAUAGAGCACCCGCAUAGCAGUUAAGCCUGGCACGAUCCCGCCCCGGCCCCGGCCUGUUUACUGCAGCAUCCUAUGUGUAGAACGGCAGUUGUGAGCCACUGUGUUUUCGGGGCGCCCCGUCGAAAGGCGACUAGAUUAGUAUUUGGGGGCUCUGGGCUCGACCUUGGGUUUCUAAGGCGUCCUGGGUCCGUUCGCUGCGCAGGGCGGCACGGAUAUUGUUCUUUCUCGGGGAAGAAACAUGUAAUUCUGG